AUGGCUAGCCUCAGUAACGUCUCAGUAGGAGGACGAUACAGUACCGCAGCGCUCCUCACAACUCGUCACGACAUGGGCAACUGGACUCUCAAUUCUUCAGACCAUAACCACAGCAUCAACUACGAGGAGAACGACUUCCUUGCGUCCAGCCUGGUGGCUAAAAUCUUCCAGGUGUGCUGGCUGGUCCCGUCCUUGGUGCUGAUCCUGGGCCUCAACGUGAUCUUCAUCAUCACCGUCUUGCGCUCCCCGAGUUUGUGGAAGCCUCGGUUUCUCCUGUCUGUGAACCUGGCUAUCCUGGACAUCCUCCUGUCCCUGGUCUUCAUCCCGAGCUCUGUACACAACAUAGUAAGUGAGAACGCUAUAGACUCUGUGUUUUUCUGCUUAACCCAAUGUAGUGUGUUCUUCGGCAUAGCUAUCUGCACAGCCUCUACUCUACUUGUGAUGGCGUGGGACCGCUACCGAGCCAUCUGUGACCCUUUCCAUUACCAGGAGGAGGACGGCAUACGCUGGACUGGGGUCAGGGUCGUGGCCUCGUGGGUUUGGAGCAUGAGUCUAAGCGCAGUGUCCGCCAUUUUUAUUCCAAUGGACGGAAUAGACACAGCUCACAUUCAAAGAAGUAACCUGUUCUGCACAUUCGUGGACACAGAAGUCAUUUGGCUGUCUCUCAUCGUCGAAAUAUUCCAGGCUAUCGGCGUGGCGUUCAUCGUCGUAUCGGCAUUACUCAUUCCUUUGUCGUACUUUAAAGUUUACAGAGAGAUCCUGAGACAGAACACUGGAGAAGACGGGUUACCAGUCGGUGGAGCUGGGGGAAACCCACAAGGCGACAGGCCGAGGCGAACAAUAUCCAUUCAUCUGGCCAUCUUUAUCAUAUUCUUGACGGCCGUCUUCACUAACGCAAUAAUGGCCAUAUUUGGACAAGAAACAGCUGCGGCGAGAGUACUGAAGCGUGCGGCACAGUUGGUGUACCUGACCGUGCCGUGUUUCACCAACCCCCUGAUCUACGGUUUCCGCAGCGAAGAACUCCGGGUGGCCGCCGUGAGGAGCCUCUUCGGGAGGCGAGAGCCGACCGACGGCAUAACCUUUCUUGGGAGACACCGCAAUGCGGACCAAGAUACAACGCAACAUUUGCAGGAAACCGUGUCACAUCUUGAAGACGCUGACGUUCCAAUACUGCAAGAUGCGACCAGACUGUCUGAGACACGGAGACAUGCGGAAACUUGGACCCCAUCACACAUCCCAUCUGACGAGAGGCAGGUUAGCAAAACUGUAGCUGUGGAGGCGAUUAUUGAAAAGGGGGGUCCAUCUAGACAAGACAGCAAUGGUGAAGACAGCGACAGCUUUGAUCAGCUGCCUGGAUGUAUCUCGUCGCCAACGCCAUGA